ACGCCAACCUAUUAUUCCCGUGAAAAAGGACUUCUUCCUGCAACCUCCUACCUCACCUUCACGCUCCUUAAGGGACGACUCGAUCCUUCUCCUAAAAAGAUGUCGCCGCCAUCGCUGCUGCUGCUGCUUAUCAUGCUUUGAUCUCGCUGUGCGUUGUGUUCCAUCUAAAUCGAUUGCAGUCUUGCUGCGCCGCCGUUGAAUCGUGGCCGGAGCAGGGUUCCUUUCUCAGAUCGUCUUCUUCUCGACUUCAAGAUGUGAUUUUGUGCUAAAAUGAAUCCAUCGAUUCGGCAGAGGAAUAACCACCGCAUGGAAUUAGCGUCAUCGGAACCGCAAGCGAUGCCGCUGGUUGUCACCGUCGGGUGCCGAUACCGAUUUAGGUUCCGAUCGGCAUUCGAUUCCUAUUCUGUUGCUUGCGAGGCAUUUUCUGAAAAACAGCAUCCAUCGUUUUCGAUCGAGGAGCUGUAACAGCUGUCUUCUUGUUGUGCCUUUUUUUCUUCAAUUUCGUUUUUGGCCAAAAGGUUGCGAUCUUUUUUCCUUUUUCGUUGCGGUAGCAGUGAAUUCUUAGUACAUAGAAGAUGGAGGUCGAGGAUUGCGAUUUUGAAGAGAAAGAUCCAUCGGGUCGAUAUAUUCGAUAUGAUGAAAUUCUGGGGAGGGGAGCAUUCAAAACUGUUUACAAGGCAUUUGAUGAAGUUGAUGGAAUAGAAGUUGCAUGGAACCAAGUCGAUAUUGAAGAUGUAAUGCAGACACAUCAUCAGUUGGAAAGAUUAUACUCUGAGGUUCAUCUGCUGAAGUCAUUGAAACAUGAGAACAUUAUUAAGUUCCGAAACUCAUGGGUGGAUGAUAAGAACAAGACCAUCAACAUGAUAACAGAGUUAUUCACUUCUGGAAGCUUGAGGCAAUACCGUAAGAAACACAAGAAUGUUGAUAUCAAGGCCAUCAAGAACUGGGCUAGGCAGAUUCUUAGAGGUCUACACUAUCUGCAUAGUCACAAUCCCCCCAUCAUUCACAGAGAUCUAAAAUGUGACAAUAUAUUUGUGAAUGGAAAUAAUGGAGAGGUCAAAAUUGGUGAUCUUGGAUUGGCAAUUGUCAUGCAGCAGCCCACUGCCCGGAGUGUUAUUGGAACUCCUGAAUUCAUGGCUCCAGAGCUUUAUGAUGAAGAAUACAAUGAACUGGUUGAUAUCUAUUCCUUUGGCAUGUGCAUGUUAGAGAUGGUUACAUGUGAAUAUCCGUAUAGUGAAUGCAAAAAUCCAGCACAGAUAUAUAAGAAGGUCACCUCUGGGAUAAAACCAGCUUCUCUCAGCAAAGUGCAUGAUUCACAAGUUAAGCAAUUUAUAGAGAAGUGUCUUCUUCCAGCAUCGAUGAGGUUACCUGCUAUGGAGCUCUUGAAAGAUCCAUUCCUUUUGACUGAAAAUGCUAAGGAACUUGUUGUUCCUCUACAAUUCCCAAAUCUUGCGUCCAAUUUGGUGAACUUGACAAAUUCUGAACCUCAUCCCAUGGAAACAGAUCCUAACAGCAAAAAGCCUUCAGUCAAUUCCUGUCCAAAAAGCCUCAGUGAUGCUUCUCAGUUGUCGUCCUUUGAAACUGAGACUGAUAAAUUCCGCUUGAGAGGGGAUAAAAAUGAUGAUAAUACAAUUUCAUUGACAUUGCGCAUUGAUGAUCAUUGUGCAGGUCCAGCAAGAAAUAUUCACUUUACAUUCUAUCUGGAUUCUGAUACUGCAAAUUCAAUUGCUGAAGAGAUGGCUGAACAACUAGGUUUAUCAAAUGAAGACGUUUCUGUAGUUGCAGGGCUGAUUGACAAUUUGAUAACAAAGUUGGUAUCUAAUUGGGUUCCUCCCGUUAGUGGUCUUUCAAGCCUGGCAAAUCAUUUGUGUCAGUCAGUGGAGGCAACUGCCAAGGAAUCAGUCAAUUCAGAUAUAUCAGCUGACUCAGAUGCUCAAUCUGUUUUGAUCACUGUAUCCAGAAACAAUUCUGAUAUAUCCUUGAUGGAUUCGUGCUCUAUUAAUAUGAGCAUAUCCAGCUUCUUCUCUCAAUCAGUAGCAGAAAAGGACCAGUCUGAUGAGCUGAAACUUGAGCUAGAUGCAAUUGAUUCACAGUUUCACCAUUGUUUCCAAGAGCUCAUGAGGAUGAGGGAGGAAGCCAUAGAAAAUGCCAAAAAGAAGUGGUUAACAAAGAAUCGAGUCUCUGCCGUUUGAUGUAAAGAUCUUUCCCUUGAUGAUUCUUUUUUUUUUCUUCUUCUUCUUACAGUUGCAUUGCUAGUUUGCCUUCUUGUUUUUGCUGCGAUUGUUUCAACUGUGAGAAUUCAUGUCUUUAACAAAUUCCAUUUAUGUGGUUGGUUUUUUAAUGGUAGAUUAAUCUCUGAUUUUUAAGUCAUUUUGGCUUGUUCAUUUGAUACCUUAUUUCCUGUUAUUUGCUUAAGGGUAUAAUAACUGGCUGAUAAAGAA